AUGGCCAUCGAAUUUCGGUCAAAGGCCACCGACCGAUUUUUUGUGAAUGCCGAUAUCCCCAGGUCACCCGAAAAUCGUUGGCCACCGACUGCGACCGAAAAGAACGGUGGACACCAAAAACCGGCUUUCGAUGGCCUCCGAGCGCAAUCGAAAAGAACUGCUCGAUCGGUGUCACGCGAGGGACAAAUUUCGGUGCCAUCGACCGAAGCCGAAAGGGGUUGUUCGGUUGGUGGCGAACAAAUCGCUUGUUUGUUAAUGGUAAUCGAACUAUGA